AUGGCCACGUUAAAUUUUGCGCCAUUCAACUAUGGAGCUGAGACAUGGGAGUCAUACACGGCUCGAUUCGAAUGCUUCCUGGUCGCACACGACCUUACCGAGCUGACAGAUGAGAGGAAAUGUGCGUUUUUCUUGUCCGUGUGUGGCUCAGACAUUUUCCACACAGCCAGGGCUCUGACAGCUCCUGAACCUAUAAAGGCCGUUCCGUGGCCUGAGCUAAUGGCAAAGCUGACGAGCCAUUAUGCUCCGUCCCCGUCCAAAAUAGCCAGCCGGCACGCAUUUCAUCAGCGCAGCCAAGCCGAGGGGGAGUCCGUGAGUGCCUACGUUGCUGCCCUACGAUCCGCCGCCCUGCACUGCGAGUUCCGGGACUUGGAUGAAGCUCUUCUCGACCGCCUGGUGUGUGGCCUCCGCGACCUCAAGCUACAGAAGAGGCUACUAACGAAAUCAGACUUGUCGUUCCAGAAAGCCUUCGACGAAGUUCGGGCAUCCGAAAUAGCUGCUGCUUCCCUAGCCACCAUCGCGAAGGCCCGGGCCGCCAACGCCGCACAGCCUGCCAAUGCCUUUAAUACAGUGACCAGUCAGCCUGACUCGGAAAGCGAAGAUUCCGAUGCUGAAGCAUAUAAUGAGGACAUCAACCGCCUUGAUGAGGCGAACAGAAAGAGCUGGCAACGGCAGAAGGGCAAACCUAAAUCUGCAUGUAGUGGUUGCGGAGGUAACCACGAAAGAGCUGAGUGCAGAUUCAGGCAAGCCCUCUGCCAGCGCUGUGGCAGAAAGGGUCACAUCGCUCGAGUAUGCCGAGCAGCACAGCCCAUGUCCUCUUCCGAGUCACAGACCGAGCGGUCGCGGCCAUAUCGUCCCAGGACAGAGGGCCCUAAGAAAGCAAGAGUGGACUGCCAUUCCAUUCUCCGUAACUCUCACCAUGGUCUUUCGUGCAACCAACUUCAAAGGAAAAUUCAACUGACAGUCAUGGUUGAGGGGAAGCCCUGCGAGAUGGAGCUCGACACCGGUUCCGCAACAUCUAUCGUGUCGUGGAGCACCAUCAAACGCAUUGUGCCGCAGCUUUCGAAACGCCAGCUGAACGAUUGCCAUCUCACAUUGAGAGACUAUCAGGGCAACCUGAUUCCAAUAAUUGGCACCCGCAAGGUCAGAGUGCAGUUCAAGGGGUUUGACGGCCGCCUACCCCUCAUCGUAGUCGAUGGACGGCUGCCCAGCCUUCUCGGCCUCGACUGGUUCCAGUCCCUGGGUCUACAGAUCAGCGGAAUUCACCACCUCAGCUCAAAUGCACUCGACUGCCUGGUCAACGAGUUCCCUGAAGUCUUUGAUGGCAAAUUAGGCAAGUACACGGGCACGCCGGUUUCCUUUAACCUCGACCCGUCCGUACAGCCAGUGCGGAUGAAGCCUCGCCGGGUGCCCAUCGCCCUCAAACCAAAAGUAGACGCUGAAUUGGACAGACUAGUGGCUCAGGGCGUUUUGGAGCCAGUGGACCAUGCCAGAUGGGAAACACCCAUUGUGUUACCCAUCAAGCCAGAUGGCAGCGUGAGGAUUUGCGCUGACUACCGUUGCUCAAUCAACCGUGCCUUGCCUUCCCACGCAUACCCAGUACCGGUGGUUCAACACUUGCUGCACACCUUGGGCGAGGGGACUGUGUUCGCGAAGCUCGACCUCGCCCAAGCCUAUCAACAGCUGGUCGUGGACGAUGAAGCAGCUGAAGCACAGACAAUUGUCACGCACCGGGGUGCAUUCCGUUGCCGCAGACUGCAGUUUGGGGUCAGCAUUGCCCCAGGACUGUUCCAAAGCUUAAUGGAGCGGCUACUCCAAGGACUCCAAGGCGUCGUCCCCUAUUUUGACGACGUCCUUGUGUCAGCCACUUCCUUGGAUGAACUCAUGGCCCGUUUGCGCAUGGUUCUCCAAAGAUUCCAAAAAGUGGGCCUGAAGGUUAAGAGAGAUAAAUGCCAAGUUGCGGUAUCCCAGAUAGAAUUCUUAGGGUUCCUUAUCGAUGGCAGUGGUAUCCACCCCACGGCUGCCAAAACCAAAGCCAUCGUUGAGGCCCCUGCUCCAAAGAAUAGAGCUGAAUUACAGGCCUUUUUAGGCCUACUUAAUUUUUACGCUGUCUUCCUGCCCCACAAGGCGACAGUCGCUGAGCCACUGCAUCGCCUCCUCGACUCGGAAAACUACAAAACUACAAAAACUAAAACUACAAACCACUUGCCCCUUGUGCUCGCUUGUGACGCUUCACCCUAUGGGGUGGGCGCCGUCCUUUGCCACCAGUUACCCAGCGGAGCAGAGGUGCCAGUUGCCUAUUUUUCACGCACGCUCUCUGCCGCUGAACGUAACUAUGCCCAAAUUGAUAAGGAGGCUCUUGCCAUUGUGGCUGGGGUGCGCCGGUUCCACCAUUACUUGUACGGCCGCCCAUUCCAAAUUGUCACCGAUCACAAGCCCCUGCUCGGGUUGCUCGCCGGAGAUCGCCCUGCCCCGCAGGUUCUCUCCCCACGCAUGACCCGUUGGUUUGUCUUCCUUGCCUCCUACGAAUAUCAGCUGAAACACAGGCCGGGGAAGCAGAUCGCCCACGCCGACGCCCUCAGCCACUGGGUUAAGCGAGGGUGGCCAAAAGACCCCAUUGACACUGUGUACCUGCCCUUCAAGUCACGCCUGGCGGAGCUCUCCGUUCAGCGCGGCUGUUUGCUGUGGGGCCAUAGGGUUGUCGUACCUGCCUCACUGAGGACUACUGUCCUGCGGCAGCUACAUCACGCUCACCCGGGAAUUGUCCGGAUGAAAGCUUUAGGUAGGAGCUAUGUCUGGUGGCCUAAGCUCGACCAAGACAUCGCCGACCAUGUCGCCGUCUGCCCGCAAUGCCAGGGUGCCCAGGCGCUGCCACCAAAAGCUGAGCCGCGAACAUGGGAGCCCCCUUCAGCCCCAUGGUCCCGCAUUCACGUUGAUUUUGCAGGCCCUAUUCACGGCCGCAUGCUCUUUGUCGCUGUGGACGCCUUCUCGAAAUGGGUCGAGGUCGUCCACAUGUCCUCCACUACUGCAGACGCGCUAAUCGUGACCCUGCGCCACUUAUUUGCCACCCACGGCCUGCCCGAUGUGUUGGUGUCCGACAAUGGACCGCAACUGACAGCCACCAAGUUUGAAGCUUUCCUUGCUUCACAAGGCAUCCGACAUGCCCUCACCUCCCCGUUCCAUCCCGCUAGCAAUGGCUUGGCGGAGCGCGCUGUUCUCUCCGUCAAAGAGGCUCUUUCCAAACUAGACCACCUUCCCUGGCAGGAACGAAUUGACGCCUUCUUGCUAGCCCAACAUACUACUCCCUUGCCAGAAACAAACACUAGCCCAGCUGAGCGCCUCAUGGGACGACGGUUGCGGACAACCUUAGACCGUUUGCACCCCACUUAUUCCGUUCCCACCCCAUUGGAUUCCCGGGGAGGGUCCCGUUCCUUCGUCCAGGGGGAGGCAGUGUAUGCCCGGAAUUAUGUAGGACAUCCCUUGUGGCUGCCGGGCAUAAUAAUUGACCAAACCGGGCCCUGCUCCUACAGGGUCAGGCUCCUCGACGGCAGACUCUGGAAACGCCACUGCGACCAGUUGCGGAGCAGGCACCAAUCUCCCACCAGUCUGCAGCAGUCAACCGACCUGCCAACACCGACGGACACGACGACCGACGCCGAGCACGGAAACGAAGAGGCCAGCCGAGAACAAGCAGCCACAGUCCCAAACCGAAGCGGCGACUUACUUGGUGGGCCAGUACCAUCCUGUGUUCUCCGGCGGCCCAGGCGAUCGCCGUCCUCCGAUGCAGAGUCCUCGGUCGAACAGCCAGAACCUCCAAGCGAAGCAGAAGGGCCUAGGGCAUCAGGCCGCAUCAGGCGGCGUCCAGCUUACUUACAGGACUACGCCUGCACGAAUUCCUUUGGCUACCCACGGGUCUUGGUACACACCACUGGCGACGAAGGUGGGAUCGCCAAACUGAGGUACGAGAAGCUGAAGUCACUUACAGCUGAAGUCACUCGCUGA